AUGUCCCGAGGUGUACCUGUCACCGCCUUGGUGCUCGGGUUGUUAACCACCCCUUCGCUAUGCCUACCCAAACCAGAACUGCAACAAAACGAACGACAACAUGACAUUCGCGACUCCAGUGGAGGCAUAUCCACUGCCUCGGGUCUGUCCAAUUGGGAGAUCGUAGUCAUCUCCCUCAGUAUCAUGGUCGGUGUCCUGGUGCUCUGCUGCCUCGGCGGUGCAUGCGAGGCCUUGCUGUGCAACAAGCGGAGCCGCGUGCACGCAUCAGCAGACGCGACACCUAACGAGCUGGACUUUGGCUGCCGAGGCAGCGCCGAUUCGACGCCCACGCUCCGAGGCGAUGAUGACAAGGACGAGGAGAAGUGUCUUGACUUCAACGCGUGGAAGGGCCACGCUGACAAGACCAAUGCCAUCGCCGACCAGGACCGGUUUUCUUGGCAGGACGAACAGGGGAUCACCACCGAGGUGUUCCAGGACGGCUCUCUCCCUGGUGCAGGUCAACCAAGGCGGGGCCAGCAUAUGGCAAACGUAAACGGGUACCAGUCCAGCGCAAAUAUGGCCAUGCGCGGCCAAAUGUCUGGACAGGAACACCACCUUGAGGCACGAUCGCCUGGUGCAAGAGGGCCUGGCCUGCUGAACUCGCCACAGUUCCUCAUAGGUGACGAGCAGGAUGAGGAGGACUACGAGCGAGAGGUAGCUGGUCGUCACAUGCACGAGGUCGCCAUCAGCCCUGUAAGCUCCAGCUCGCCUACCGCGGUAUGGACGGAUGAGUCCGGGCACUCGACACCCACCAAGGCGCCGCGGAUGCCCUGGGCCGACGAUAAUGAGCAGUCGCAUGAGGAGGAGAAGACGGCCAAGUACUCGGCUGAUACGAAAGAAGAGGAGCGUUUCUCUCUUCAUGGGGGCAUCCAUCAUGAGCAGGAGCUGGCGGAGCAGCACAAUGAGAGGCGUGACCUACUUCCGAAUGGUCGGAGGAUUACACACGUAUUCCCAUGGAUGCCAGCGGAAGAUGACUAG